AUGCCCCGCCCCGGAGGCCCCGCCCCCGAGUGCCCCGCCCCCGCCGCGCCCGGUUCGCGCCCCCGGCCGCCCGCCCCCAACCAGCACCGCCGCUGCCAGGCAACCGGCAGGCACCGCCCCCGCACCGCCCUUCCCAUUGGUGGGUUCGGGAGUCGGGGGCCGGGGGCGGGGCCCGUGGGCCAACACAGGGCAGCGAUUGGCUGGCGGCGCUGUCGGUCGCGGGCGAGGAGGUGGAGGUGCGGCGCGGGAUGGGACCCUGAGAACAGGCUGAGGGGCCGGCGACAGCCGGGCCGGGGGCGGCGUGGCGGGGGCGGGCGGCGCAGGAAGAAGGCAUGUAGGUGGGGAGUGGGGGCUUCGGCGGCAGGCGCGCGCGUGGGGGCGGCUCUGCGCACAGUGGCGAGGCGGGGCGGCCGGGCCCGAGCGCUGCUACGGCGUGGGCGGCGGUGUCGCGGGCUGGCGCCAGGCGGGAGGAGCCCUGGGCGCUGGGCCGCCGGCCGCGCGGGUUUGGCCAGGGAGGAGGAGAGGCCGGCGCGCGGCCCGGACCGGCACCCACCCCCCAGCACCCCGAUCCCUUCCCGUCCCAACAGCCUGUCAGGUGACCUUCAGGUGCGCGCGCCCGGGGAAUCACAGACCCACCAGACACCGGGCGGACCCCCGACAGUCCGCAAGGAGCCGAGACAGGCCCGGAAGAGGCAGCGUCUGUGGCCCGGAUGCGUCGUGCUCAGCUUCAUGGGGUCGCAAAGACUGGAACAGUGCUGUUCGGGGGGCAUGGCCUCCCCUCCCCACCGCGAGCCUUCCUGUACAGACAGAUCCUUACACGCGACAGUAGAGGAAGGGGAGAGGCCCGGCCAGGAAAGCGUCCGUGAUCCUGAGCCUGGCUCCACACUCUAGAAGGUCCUUUUGGUGAGCGCCCUCCUCCUGCCUAAAGAUCGCUCACAUUCAGUGUUGGCUGAUGUAAGGGAUCCAUUCAGAGCCCACCCCGUCUUCCAAGUGCACGAACGGCUCUGCAGUCUUACCCCGGGCCUGCCCCCUCUGCCUGCAGCUGGGCAGGAGGUGAGCAGCUGGGGGGAAGCCGUCAGUCAGAAGAGCAUUCACAGAGCACCUUCUACCAGUGGGCACGAGAGCCACCCAGGAACACACACCGGCGAUGGCAGGCAUGGAGCAGAGCGUGGGAACAGUGCACACAGAGUGCUGGGACCGUGGGAUCUAGUGACGGAGGUUGGAAGUCUGCAGCUGAGAAAGCCCUGCCCAGACUUGGGGUCUGGCCCACCCCCUCCAGGACCAGCACGAGAACCACUGCUCAUGGAGAAGCUUUGCUCUUCCCACCUCCUGCAAGAUGUCUGGCUAGGACGCAGCACCCCAGGCCUGACCCGGGGCGGGGACCAGGCGGUGUGUCCUUCCUCGCCUGGGGCAGGAGGAGGGAGCAGCUUGAGUCUCUGAGAACUGCUGGUCUUGGUGUCACUUCUGAUUGCCAGUCGUCCCCUCUGCGGUCCCCAGGACGGGGGAGGCAUGUAGCCAUGGUGACCUUCAGCACCCCAGCUCUGAGGCAGAGAGUCCCUUGCCCUGUGCACUGGCGAUGGGCCCUCAAACAUGCAGGGUGCUGAGCCGGGGUCAGAGGCGAGGAUCUGGGGCCACACAGAGCCUCCAACACUGACCCCAGGUCAGCUGGCUGGCCUGGCAGCCCUGGGGAGAAGGGCUGGAAGCAGGGAGAAUAAAAGUGCAUCUUCUUCAGCUUA